AUGUCCACCUUCACAGCCGCUCUCGUGAAACCCACAAAAGAAACCAAGUCCAAGAAGUCCCUUGAUACGAGGAAGAUAAGACUACAACAUCCGCAAGAAGGAAAAGAUUUUACCUUGGAUUUUGUAAACAGUGAUGGUAAAACAGUUUGUAAUCUAUGCAAAAAUACUUUUGGGAAGAUGAAUUUCCUUUACCAACAUAUGAAGGUUCAUUCUGAUGGGGAUUGGAAAAUAUUCUUCACAUCACGGCCUGAAACAGUAACCAUCGACAAGGAGGCCAAUGUGGUUAAUUCGAUGGACCCGCCACUUAGAUGGGCGUUGACCAGAAAGAGAACCCGUCGGGCUUUGCGGGUUGAUGAUAAUGAUUUGAAGGUUUAUAAGGUACCGAUUAUGGAUGAAGUGCAUGAUCCGGCCGAUUUAGAAGGAGCAGAGAAUCUCCUGGUCGUAAGAUAUGGUGAUAAUACGUAUUUUCCUGAACCAAGUGUGACACAGAGGCAGAUACAGGCUGAAGAAUCCGAGGGCAGAAGUAAAGUGUGUUUUAAAUUCGAUUUGAAUCAGACUCCUCCGAUGGACAUGGAAGCGGAAGAUCUCUAUUAUCUUGAGGAGUUUACCGAGAAGAGUGUAUGA